AUGGCCGUGGCACUCAGGUUGCUGGAAUUCAUCGCCGGGAAAAGCGAACAACUUGUUGGCAUUGCUCCCGGUACCAAAUUGCUGUCUUUCAAGGUAUUCGGGGACAGCGGCUAUUCAAACGAAGAAACAGUUAUCGAGAGAUCCCUCAAGGCCUUCGAGUCAGGCGUCGAUAUUAUCAGCGCGAGUCUCGGAGGAAAUAGCGGGUUCACUCCCAAUGCCUGGGCCGUGCUUGCUUCGAGGAUGGCUGAAAAAGGCGUAGUUAUUUCCAUUGCCGCAGGGAACGAAGGCGAUAGCGACCCAUUCGAUGCUAGCAAUGGAGCUUCCGGGAAGAAUGAGAAUGUUAUCACCGUCGGAGCUACCGAACCAGGGACAUUUCCAGCCCAGGCUUUUUCGGAAGACUUCAAACUAGAUGGUCAGUCAAACAAAACCCAUAUCGUUUAUAUCCCAUCGGCCGAAUCUUUCCUUAACAUCAUCCUCGGCUGGCCUAUCAAACCGGUGUCACUUGACUCGUCCGUAAAUAAUGACGCCUGCAACCCUUUACCAGGUAAUACCGCCAGCUUUAACGGGACUAUCCUCCUCGCUAGGAUCGGAGGAUGCGAGAUUUCCGUUAAGCGUGCAAAUAUUCCAGCCUUUGGUGCACAAUACAUCUUGUUCUACAACGACGAUAAGCCGUACCAAGGUUGUGGACCAACAACACCAGCGGCCUCAUGGCAGCUACAGGACAUGCUUGAACCGACAAUCCGCCAAUCCAGAUCCUCGAAGAAAACUAUACCGAAUCCGAUUGGACGUAUCCCCCGAAGGUUGGCAAAAAUAAAUAUUUACCUAAGGAUCGGGUACAAGUUAGAGUGGUACUUCGAACUCUUUAAAGAAACAAGAGUCAGGCGCGGUCACCAACCGCUAUAA